GAUUGGCCGACAAGUCGAAUUUUCUGGAAGGCAUUUUUCGGCACCCAUAUAAAUACCGCCAUUUGUAAAAACUCUUCCUGAUUUGAACGUUGUACUUGCUGUAGGUAACAUCUCGUAAAUUAAUUUAAGUUUUUCUCCAAAAAAAAGUUUUUUAGUCUGCAACCAAGUUUUAAAUUAUUUAUAACAAAGAAAUACAGAAAAAAUGGCAGCCAAAGCACCAGCCGUAGGUAUCGAUCUGGGAACCACCUAUUCUUGUGUGGGAGUCUUCCAACAUGGCAAAGUCGAAAUCAUCGCCAACGACCAAGGCAACAGGACCACACCGUCCUAUGUCGCUUUCACAGACACAGAACGUCUCAUUGGAGACGCCGCCAAGAACCAAGUAGCCAUGAACCCAAACAACACCAUCUUUGAUGCCAAACGUCUUAUUGGUAGACGUUUCGACGAUACCACAGUACAAGCUGACAUGAAACAUUGGCCAUUCGAAGUAGUAAAUGACAACACAAAACCUAAAAUUAAAGUAGAUUACAAAGGAGAAUCAAAAACUUUCUUCCCUGAAGAAAUCAGUUCAAUGGUACUUACUAAAAUGAAGGAAACUGCUGAAGCUUACUUAGGCAAAUCAGUCAGCAAUGCUGUUAUCACAGUUCCAGCUUAUUUCAAUGACUCACAACGUCAAGCUACAAAAGAUUCAGGUACCAUUGCUGGUCUCCAAGUACUCAGAAUUAUCAACGAACCUACUGCUGCAGCCAUCGCGUAUGGUCUUGACAAAAAAGGGCAUGGAGAACGCAACGUAUUAAUCUUUGACUUGGGUGGUGGUACUUUUGAUGUAUCAAUCUUGACCAUCGAAGAUGGUAUCUUUGAAGUCAAGUCCACCGCUGGUGACACUCACUUGGGAGGUGAAGACUUCGACAAUAGAAUGGUGAACCACUUUGUCCAGGAAUUCAAACGCAAAUACAAAAAAGACCUCACCUCAAACAAAAGGGCUCUGAGACGGUUAAGGACCGCUUGUGAAAGAGCGAAGAGAACCCUUUCCUCCUCCACCCAAGCCAGUAUUGAAAUCGACUCCUUGUUUGAAGGUAUCGAUUUCUACACUUCAAUCACCCGUGCCCGUUUUGAAGAACUAAACGCCGAUUUGUUCCGCUCCACCAUGGAACCAGUCGAAAAGGCCAUCCGCGAUGCUAAAAUGGACAAAGCUCAAGUCCACGACAUUGUCUUGGUUGGUGGAUCAACCCGAAUCCCCAAAGUACAGAAGUUGCUCCAAGAUUUCUUCAAUGGCAAGGAAUUAAACAAAUCCAUCAAUCCUGAUGAGGCUGUUGCUUAUGGUGCUGCUGUACAGGCCGCCAUUUUGCACGGAGACAAAUCUGAAGAAGUACAAGAUUUGCUUUUGCUCGAUGUUACUCCUUUGUCUUUGGGUAUUGAAACUGCUGGUGGUGUCAUGACUGCUCUUAUUAAGAGAAACACUACCAUUCCCACCAAGCAAACUCAAACAUUUACCACCUACUCUGACAACCAACCUGGAGUACUUAUUCAAGUAUAUGAAGGUGAACGUGCUAUGACCCGUGACAACAACCUUUUGGGUAAAUUCGAACUUACCGGUAUCCCACCAGCACCACGUGGAGUACCCCAAAUUGAAGUCACCUUCGAUAUCGACGCUAACGGUAUCUUAAACGUAACUGCCAUUGAGAAAACCACCAACAAAGAAAACAAAAUCACCAUCACCAACGACAAGGGUCGUCUUAGCAAGGAAGACAUUGAAAGAAUGGUCAAUGAAGCUGAAAAAUACAGAAGCGAAGAUGAAAAACAAAGGAACACCAUUUCCGCCAAGAACGCACUCGAAUCUUACUGCUUCAACAUCAAGAGCACUGCCGAAGAUGACAAGAUCAAGGACAAGAUCAGCGAGAGUGAGAAACAAACUAUUUUGGACAAAUGCAAUGAAGUCAUCGCCUGGUUGGACGCCAACCAAUUGGCCGACAAAGAAGAGUACGAACACAAACAGAAGGAAUUGGAAGGCAUUUGCAAUCCAAUCAUUACUAAAUUGUACCAGGGAGCUGGCGGUGCACCAGGCGGUAUGCCCGGUGGAUUCCCAGGUGGUGCAGGUGCCGCUCCAGGUGGAGCUGCUCCUGACGCCGGAGGUGCUGGACCAACCAUCGAAGAAGUCGAUUAAAUUGCUUUUUAAAUGAUUCAUUCCAAUUUAAUAGAAAAAAAUGUUUUAUUUUUUAUUCCAAACAGUCCCAAUUUUGAUUGAGUAAUUUAUGAAUAGUUUUUGUUACAGUUCCUUUUUUUUAUAAUAUUUUGUUUUCAAUUGUUUUUUUCAUUACUUAACUUCAGAAUUUCCUAAAUAAAUUCAAGUCUUCAUUAAAUUUGUGUUUUAUUGCCAGUGGUUAUUCAAAUUUCAUAGAGAUUGGUCUUUGUACCUAGAAAUUUCUGCAAAGUUGCAGUAGUGGGUUUGCCUUACUC